GGACAAAGCGGUCCUUUCCGGAAAACAGGCAAGAUGGCGGAAGUGGAGCAGAAGAAGAAGCGGACGUUCCGCAAGUUCACCUACCGCGGCGUGGACCUCGACCAGCUGCUCGACAUGUCCUACGAGCAGCUGAUGCAGCUGUACAGCGCCCGGCAGCGGCGGCGCCUGAACCGCGGCCUUCGGCGCAAGCAGCAUUCGCUGCUGAAGCGCCUGCGCAAGGCCAAGAAGGAGGCGCCGCCCAUGGAGAAGCCGGAGGUGGUGAAGACUCACCUGCGGGACAUGAUCAUUCUGCCCGAGAUGGUGGGCAGCAUGGUGGGCGUCUACAACGGCAAAACCUUCAACCAGGUGGAGAUCAAGCCCGAGAUGAUCGGUCACUACCUGGGCGAGUUCUCCAUCACCUACAAGCCCGUGAAGCACGGCCGGCCGGGCAUUGGGGCCACGCACUCCUCCCGCUUCAUUCCCCUCAAGUAGCCUGCUUGGCCAAUAAAGGCACACAUGUCUCCAGCUCCA